GUUCCCUUCAUCAUUUAACAACAUAACCUCAAAGCUUUGACGUUUCCUUUUCUAUCGCGUUUCUCCAUUGGCGUUGACGUGCGUUAACCGUAACUAAACCAAACGCGCAAAAAUGUCCGGAGGAUUAGAUGUGUUGUCCCUCAAAGAGGAUGAUGUUACGAAGAUGUUGGCGGCGGGCACCCAUUUGGGGCUCACCAAUGUUAACUUCCAAAUGGAACAGUAUAAGUAUAAGAUCCGUUCUGAUGGGGUACACAUCAUUAAUUUGAGACACACUUGGGAAAAACUUCUUUUAGCGGCGAGAGCAAUCGCCGCAAUUGAGCACCCCCAUGAAGUAUUCGUGAUUUCUUCACGUUUACACGGUCAAAGAGCCGUUUUAAAGUUUGCAGCUCAUACCGGGGCUACCCCAAUAGCCGGACGUUUCACCCCAGGUGCCUUUACAAAUCAGAUUCAAGCUGCAUUCAGGGAACCAAGACUUUUGGUUGUAACGGAUCCAUUUUCCGAUCAUCAACCCAUCACGGAAGCUUCUUAUGUAAACAUCCCUGUAAUUGCCCUUUGCAAUACCGACUCACCACUUCGAUUUGUUGAUAUUGCAAUUCCAUGCAAUAAUAAGUCUCCGCAUAGUAUUGGGUUAAUGUGGUGGUUGUUAGCACGUGAGGUUCUCCGUCUUCGUGGUCAAAUUCCAAGGGAAACUAAAUGGGAUAUUGUAGUUGAUCUAUUCUUUUAUCGCGAACCAGAAGAGGCUGAGAAAGAUGAUCAAGCUGCUAAAGAAGUUGUUAUUCCUAAACCGGAAGUGGUUGUACAUGAAACGGCUGAUUUAGAUUGGAAUCCUGAAGAACCUGCGGCUGUGGUUCCUCCCCCUGCUCAACCCACGCCUUACCCCGCUACAACCGAUUGGGCUAAGGAAGUUCAAGAAGAUUGGGAUAAUAACGCCCAGCAAGCACAAACGCCUGCCGCUCCAGCUACCAAUUGGGCUAAUAACGAAUGGUGAAUAAAAUGUAAAAAAAAAGUUGAUCUUUUGUAAAUGAUGACGAAAAAUAAAUAAAUAAAUAUAA